AUGGCCACCAAAACACGAGCUCAGAGAAGGAAAUCCAAACCAUCAACCACCCCACCACCAACCAAAAAGAGCACCGCUAUCCCCAAAUCUACCCCACCAUUAACUACCCCACUACCAGCCAAACAAAAAUCUAAAUCAACCUCUCUCCCACAAACAGCCAAAAAGAAAUCCACACCAAGCUCUGUCCCACCACCAGCCAAGCAGAUUCCCACUAUCCCAAAAACUACCCCACUACUUUUUCCUUCCCCAAUCACUGUAAAUGACCCUAACCCACCAUCACCAAACCCUAACCCCACCAAAGCUGUGCCCAAGACCAAACCUCCUGUUGUACCAACCCCAAAUACCAAGAAAAAGCCUUUCCCUGCAGGUCCCGCUAAGAAAUUUGUUUCUGCUCAAGCGAGGGACACAUAUGAGUCCAUUAAGACCAAGAAAUUGCUCCCCAAAAAAGGAUUUUUUCCUACCACUAUUGAGGUGCCAACUUUCAUCAGUGAUGUUAUUGAGCAACAUAGUUGGGAAACUUUCUGUCAAAAACCAGAGCAUGCUAUUAUUCCAUUGGUGCGUGAGUUUUACGCUAACAUGCCAGCCUCUACAAAUUUUGAACUGAUCCUUCGCAGCAAGGUUGUUUCAUUUUCUGCUAAGGCUAAUAACUCAUUAUUUAGGUUGGACAGUUUUGAUGCGUUGUUUAUAACAAUAUGA